GUGGGAGGGAGAGAGAGAUCCAUUGGUCGCCUCCGGCAUGCGCCCUGACUGGGCUGGGGCCCCGGGCGGGAAACAAGCUUGCAGCCCAGGUGCGUGCCCCGGCCCGGGAGUCGAACUCGCAGCCCUCUGGUGUGCAGGCUGGUGCUCUGUCGCUGAGCCACACCAGCCAGGGCUUACGUUUACUGUUUUUAGCGAAGAUUCACGAACACCUGUCUACAGUGCAACAGGUUCUUUGUAAGGUAUUAUGGGAGGUGCACACUAUAAAACAUGAUCCUUAAGCUGUAUUCACAAGUAACUCAGACGGUAAAUUUCAAAAUACACAAGUUCUUGGUUUUUCCUUUAUGCAGUGCUGUUCGGAAACUUCAAAGCUUCUUACACAUUUUCCUUGUGGGUUGGCAGGACCUGUAAAAUGCAGGCCCCGAGCUCCAGGGCUGUGCACCUGAGCGAAUGGCAGAGGAACUACUUUGCAGUUACGUCUGGCACGUGCACGGCCGAGCAGAAGGCAGAGGCCUACCGGGCACAGGUGCUGCGCGUUCAGUAUGCGUGGGCCAACUCCGAGAUCUCCCAGGUCUGUGCUUCCAAACUGUUCAAGAAAUAUGCAGAGAAAUACUCGGCAAUCAUUGAUUCUGACAACGUGGAAACGGGCUUGAAUAACUAUGCGGAAAGCGUUUUAACGUUAGCAAGAGCGCAGCAGACGGACAGUGACAAGUGGCAGUCGGGUCUGUCGCUGAGUAAUGUCUUCCAGAUGCGCAGUGUGCAGGAGAUGAUGCGGGCUGGCGAGAAGCUCCGAGGCUCCCUGCUGGUCCCUGCCGAUGCUUCCGUCGUGAUCCAUGGGGGGGCCGUGGUCCCCGAUCCUCCGAAGUCUAGCCUUUGUGGUGGUUCUCGGGAGAGCGACCCACUGACUAAGCCAGCUCACCGUACAGGCUGGGCCCCGGACGUCCCAGAGAGCGGUCCCUCGGGCUCUCUGAGUGCCCAGCCCCCUGUGGCGACUAACACCCCCAAGACGUGUCCCAUGUUCUCAGCACCCUUUGGUGACUUAGCCACCCCGUUAUUUGGAAAUGUCAGGAAGGAAAAUAGCAGCGCUCCGAAAGCCAGCCCGGGACCGAGUCUGUUCUUACCCCGUCAGCCUCGCUCUCCUGCCGGCGGCGAAGGCCCCUGGGACAGGAGCGCUUUCUACAGCUCAGGCCCCGCCGAAGCCCUUUCUGCCCCGACCCUGAGUGAGGCUCUUAGGAAAAUGGAGGGGAAUGGCCACCGGGAGGAAGGCGGCCUGCCAACCUUUAAAACCGCAAAGGAGCAGCUAUGGGUGGAGCAGCAGAAAAAGCACCACCCGCCUGCCCGGGCGGCAGCGCCUUCCUAUGGCGGCGGCGUCAAGAAGUCCCUGGGCGCCAGUCGAUCCCGAGGAAUUUUUGGGAAGUUUGUCCCUCCUGUACCUAAGCCAGAUGGGGAUGCACGUGGGGGGGUGCAGUACAAGCCUGACAGUGCCGGGCCCUCAGAGCCAGCGCCCCCCGUGGAUGAGCGUUUGAAGAGCUUGGAGCCCAAGAUGAUCGAACUGAUUAUGAGUGAGAUUAUGGACCAUGGGCCCCCGGUGACCUGGGACGACAUCGCGGGGGUGGAGUUCGCCAAGGCCACCAUAAAGGAGAUCGUCGUGUGGCCCAUGCUGCGGCCCGACAUCUUCACGGGCUUGCGGGGCCCGCCCAAGGGGAUUCUGCUCUUCGGGCCUCCUGGGACUGGGAAAACCCUGAUUGGCAAGUGCAUCGCCAGUCAGUCUGGGGCCACCUUCUUCAGUAUCUCGGCCUCCUCCUUGACCUCCAAGUGGGUGGGCGAGGGGGAGAAGAUGGUCCGCGCGUUGUUCGCGGUUGCGCGGUGCCAGCAGCCCGCUGUGAUAUUCAUUGAUGAAAUCGACUCCCUGUUAUCCCAGCGGGCAGAUGGGGAGCACGAGUCUUCUAGGAGGAUCAAGACCGAGUUCCUGGUUCAGCUGGACGGAGCCACCACGUCUUCUGAAGAUCGCAUUCUAGUCGUGGGAGCAACCAAUCGGCCUCAGGAAAUCGACGAGGCUGCCCGGAGGAGGUUGGUGAAAAGGCUCUACAUCCCCCUCCCGGAGGCCUCAGCCCGGAAGCAGAUAGUGACGCGCCUGAUGUCCAGGGAGCAGUGCAGCCUCCGCGAGGAGGAGAUCGAGCUGGUGGUGCAGCGGUCGGCAGGCUUCUCGGGCGCUGACAUGACGCAGCUGUGCCGAGAGGCGUCCCUCGGCCCCAUUCGCAGCUUACAGGCCACCGACAUCGCCACCAUAACGGCGGACCAGGUCCCACCCAUAGCUUACGUGGACUUCGACAAUGCGUUCAGAACUGUGCGGCCCAGCGUGUCUCCCACAGACCUAGAGCUUUAUGAAAACUGGAACAGAACCUUCGGUUGUGGGAAGUAAGCAGGACCCUUACAGUUAAAGGGGUGUCUGUGUGGCACAGCCUUUCCCGGCCUAGAGCUCAGGAACCUGGGGCUUCAUCCGUGGUCCUGGGAGUGUGUGUCCUGAAUCCCGAACCGCAGAUGAAGCAAUUGCAAUUGACAGCCUGUGUGGCUAGUAGCUUGAUUUUCUUCCAGUUGUUCCCUGAUGUGUACACCUAGUCAUACCCAACGCGAGGGAUCUUGUCUUGUUUCUAAAGUCCUUCUUUAUAAGCUGUGCAAUGGGAUGAAUAGUGAGCCCAGAUUGAAGCUCUGAGUCCUACUUGUGAACAAGGCUGUGUGAUUUACACGGAUCUUUUGUUGCUAGUCUGUGGUUUACGUUCGAGACAGAGCAUGGCUCACUGUUGUUUAAGAUGUAAGAUCUCACCAAACACUGGAGGGACAGUGCCAGUGUUUACUUCAGUUUGUGAGCUCUUACUGUUUUCUUCUCUUCGCAGGACCAGCUAAUGAAACAUUCAGGAAGAGCAGAGUGUGGUCUGAGAGCAGGUGUGCCACAGGACUGAAGGGGAAUGGUUUCCUAGGGGGCAGGUGUUGUCUAACAAUACAUACUUGACACUAGGUGGCAGCCUGGAGAAUUGGUAUCUUUCAAAAAAUAAGCGUUUGCAGCUUUCUGUGAUGGCGCAUUCUGCUGUAUAAAUAAUGCGUGUUCGUUGUGGAAGCGCCACCCAGUGGAGGUGAGCAGAGGAAGGAAAGAGUGGCUGCUGCCGCCCCUUUGGGGAAGCACCGUGAACAGCUGGGAGCAGUUCCUCCCGGUGUUUGUGCAGCUUUCUCUUCUGUAGCCUCAUUUUUCACCGUUUCCCAUGUUAGCGUCAUCGGCAGCAUCUUCCCUGACACGGCCCCUCGGACUGUCGUGGGGAUGGCCUCACGGAGUCCGUCUUGGGAGUGUAGUUAGGGCAGGACGUUGGGCUGUGUAACCUUUGUUUACUGUAAACGAAAAUAUGUUGACUGCCUAGUCAUUGAUCUUUCGCUAUCUUUCCUACCAGUCAUUCACCUUUCAACAUGGAGCCAAAAGCAUCAAAAUGUGAAAUUAAACACUAGAAAUUA